AUGUGGAGUGCAGGAUGCAUGGAACAGUGGGCGCCGACGGCGGCAAUGGUGGCCACAAACGUCGUGAUCGCCGUCAUGAACGCGCUGAUCAAGCAGGCACUGAGCCAGGGCAUGAACAGGCUGGUCCUCAUCACUUUCCGGCAGAUGCUGGCCACCCUGUUCCUUGGCCCCAUUGCCUACUUCAAGGAAAGGAAGAUGAGACCAAAGUUCACAACCGAAAUCUUUGUGUACAUGUUCCUGAGUGGAAUUCUUGGGCCGGUGCUGCUUCAGUACACAUUGUUUGUGGGAUUGGAUUACACGACAGCAACAUUUGCUGCAACUUUCGGAAAUUUGCUUCCAGUGGUUACUUUCCUCAUAUCACUUGCUUUCAGAUUUGAAGCACUGGAGGUGAGGAGCAGGUCAGGGAGUGCCAAGAUCUCAGGGACACUCAUCUCCCUCGGCGGCGCAAUGAUGCUCACCUUCUACAAGGGUUCAGCACUGACCCACACCACCACAUCGCUGUCGCCGUCAUCCAUGGCUCCAUCCUCCUCCGGCAGCAGUGGCGAGCACGGCAGGGUCCGGUGGGUGCUGGGCUCCGUCUCCAUGCUCGCCAACGUCGUCGGCUUCGCGCUGUGGCUGCUCCUGCAGCGGAAGUUCACCCAGGAAGGUAUAGUGGCAUCCGGCAUUGGGUACCUCCUGCUCACAUACUGCGUGGAGAAGAGAGGCCCUGUCUUCACAGCUGCCUUCAGCCCGCUCGCUCAGAUCUUCGUCGCCGGCAUCGAUCUCUUCAUCCUCCAUGAACCUCUCUACCUUGGAAGCGUGCUAGGAUCAGUGCUGGUUAUUCUCGGACUCUACCUUGUGCUAUGGGGCAAGAAAGAGGAAGCUGCUGCUGCUUCGGCGAAACCAGUUCAGGCCGAGGUAGAACAGCAAGAGAAAGUGUGA